AUGGCAGCUCCGCCAGCCAAAAAACAGCUUAUUCUCAAUGCCUUCGCCAUGCAGGCGCCGGGUCACCUGAACCCCGGCCUCUUCCGUUAUCCCGGCGACAAAGGAACCUCAUACAACGACCUUUCCCAUUGGAUCUCCUUAGCUCGCAAAUUGGACGAAGCAAAAUUCCAUGCAAUUUUCUUCGCCGAUGUGCUCGGUGGCUACGAUGUUUACAAGGGCCCGGCGAAUCUCAACCCCACCAUCCCCGCUGCAGCCCAAUUCCCCAUCAACGACCCGCUGUACAGCAUCCCAGCAUUGGCUGCCGCGACAGAAAGCAUCAGCUUUGGCGUCACAGCUUCGACCACCUACGAGACGCCCUACGCCCUGGCUCGUCGCUUUGGCACGGUCGACCACCUGACUAACGGCCGCAUUGGCUGGAAUGUCGUGACGAGCUAUCUGGACAGCGCGGCAAGAAACUUUGGACUGGACACACAGAUCGAGCACGAUGAGCGGUACCGCAUUGCUGAUGAAUACAUGCAUGUCGCGUACAAGCUGUGGGAGGGCAGCUGGCAGGACGAUGCCGUCAACCCGGGUCCGGCCGGGUAUGCCGAUCCCAAAGGCGUGAGGCAGAUCAACCACGAGGGCAAGUACUUCAAGGUGCCUGGCCCGGCACUCACGUCGCCGAGUCCGCAACGUACUCCGCUCAUUCUGCAGGCGGGAACGAGUGGAGCUGGAAAGGCGUUUGCGGCAAGACAUGCUGAAGCGAUUUUCUUGAACGGACAUGCACCGGAAUUGGUUAAACCGAGUGUUGAAAGCAUUAGGGAGCAGGCGAAAGAGGCGGGAAGAAAUCCUGAGGAUAUCAAGGUACUCGGCGGAGCGCUGGUCAUCGUGGCCGAAACAGAUGAGGCGGCGCAGGCCAAAUUCCAGGAUCUUGUUUCCUACGGUGACCGAGAAGGUGCUCUGGCCUUGUUCGGCGGAUGGAGUGGGAUUGAUAUCAACAAAUGGGGUGAUGAAGAGGACUUCCGUUUCGUGCAGCAGCCAGCGAUCAGGAGCAUGGUAAACCAUUGGGCCAGCACUAUUCCUGGAUCAGAAGGAAAGGUAUGGAACAAGAACGCGAUUGCCGAGUACCUGGUCAUUGGAGGGAACGGUCCAAAGAUCAUCGGCAGUCCUAAGACGGUUGCUGAUGAAAUCGAGAGAUGGGUGGAGGUUGCUGAUGUUGACGGUUUUAACUUGAGUUACGCCACUGUACCGGGGACCUUCGACGAUAUCAUUGAAUUUUUGUUGCCAGAGCUGAGGCGCCGUGGGCUUUUCUGGGAUGAUUACGCGGUCAAGGGAGGAACCUUCCGAGAGAAUGUGUAUGGAAAGGCUGGGCAAAAGCGGUUGCUGCCUAACCAUAUAGGAGCGCAGUAUGUGUGGAGGGAAGGUGAAGAGAUUCCUCAAUAUGCUUUGAAGGAAAAGGAAACGGAAGGUAAAGGACAAGCCUAA